UUUUUUUCCUAUUUACCGAUCACAUCUUUGGCGGUUCCGAAGAGUGAGCACUUCAGUGCUCUUGAAAACAUUAUAUAAGACGCGAGAAUUUUUUGUUUUAUUAACUCAUUGGAGCAGUGCGGUACAGGUGAAGCCUAUUUAAUCAAAUUGAUAUUUAGCGAUGAUAGCCUGCAUGGCUUUAAAUGACGUUGGUCUGGAGUUGUACCCGUCACAAUCAAGUCGAUAACCAAAUUGGACAGACUGACUUCACGCGCGAUGCCCCCAACGCUCGGUGGCGUUCGAGAAAGUACCACUUCAUCUGCAAAGUCCAGAUUUUUCAGACGCGUACAAAAAGACAAAGCACAAGAUAGGACGAUCCAUUACAACGAGUAUAAUCUCAACGAAUUUCAAUUAUUGCACAGGGAAUGUUUACGUUCGGAAAGACAUUACAGAAAGACUCAUUAUUUCAAUGUGGCCGCAAUAUUGCCGAUGUACUCAGCUACCACGAAGACCGCGUUCCUCUACAUUUUAUUUCUCGUGAUAAGCUGCCUAGCCUGUUUUGCGAAGUCAAGUGUUACAGGUAACGACGUAACAUCAAAUGGACGCGGUAUCGAGGUGUCACUGCUUGACUAUAACCAUAUAUUACUUUCUGAAUCAGACGACAAGACUGACGAGAAGACGCCGACAGCACGUCCACAAGUAUCGGCAAACGGCAGUAAAAUUCUUGGGCUCGAAACAAGUCUCCAUGAGUCCCAUCCGAUCAGUUUAGACGGCUUCAACUUGCUGUGGUUGAUCGCCUCGAAGCUUCGCGCUGGUGACAAGCUAAUUAGGAUUGAAAAUGAUACAAAUAUUUUGUCUUUAACAAAAUCAAAUAAAAUUGUUGGUUGGUUGAACAACACCGACUUAGAUGAGGUAUACCUGGACUCAGCACGGCCACGACAUUUUUUACGGUACGGUAAAAAGCUGGCGCCGCUAUCUCGACUGAUCUCUAAAGGUUCAGACACAUCAUUUGUUAUGCCGCCAUUGGUCAUGUCGCAUUUGUCAGACUAUUUGGAUGCUGGCCCAAAUCAUCACACACUUGGCACAAAUAGACUACCUGGAAAAAAUUUACAUACGUCUUUCGAUAGUAAAGACAUAGUUCGUAUAAACAGAUUCAUUGUUGGAAAUUCAAUUGGGUUCGAAAUGGAAUUUCGAAUGGAGGAUAAUUCCGGAAGUGGAUACAUUAUUGCUGGACGGUCAUUGAAUGGUCAGCCAAUUUUCUCCACCGGUAGCCAAGUGAAAUCACCAAACGUUACGUCUGAUCAGCAAUCAUGGUUUGGAUUGUACGCCCACACGCGCGCUACUUCCUACAUACUACGAUUGGAAUAUAGAAAUUUUGCAUGGGACCGCAAAAAGCAAAUACAAAUUCGGUUUUCCGAUGACUUCCGGAAAGGCGAAUGGCAAAAACUUGCGGUUAACAUUGACUUCAAUGCGAACACAAUCAACUAUUGGGUGAAUUGUUCGACUCGACCAACAGUGCAAUUAAGGGCCAAUAUUUCUCAUCCAUCAUCAUUUUACAGCGUUUACAGACUCCUCCAACAUCGACGACACAGUAGACUACCAGUAAAGGUGACAUUCCGAGCAGUGAUUGUAACUGACGGAAACCGCAGGACGGUUCCGAGACAUUGUCAACAACAAGGACAAACAGUUUGUACUGGAGGGAAAAUCUACAUGCAAUGCGGUCCAAGUUGCGAACGAACGUGCAGGGGAGCUCAAGAUGCUGAAGUGACAGACGACUAUUUGCGUACUUGUGCGAUAGCAUGCAUCGCCGGAUGUCAUUGUCCACCAGGAUUUGUUACGCACGCUGGAGUAUGCGUCAGACCGGAGCAAUGUCCGUGUAUGUUUGGAUCAACUGCACACGAAAUUGGAACAAAUGUCACCAUCAAUAACGAAUUAUGUACUUGCAUCAAAGGAAAAUGGAGUUGUUACGCCCUUCCACAAUUCAUAUACAAACCAGAAAAUUUAAACCUGAGCGCUGGUCGUACAGGUCAACUGAAUUGCGCAGUUUCUGGAAAUCCAUUUCCAAAAAUUACUUGGGAAGUUCCUCCUGGAGCAACGUAUGAUAUUGUGACAAGAAGCUCUGGAAGAGUCUCAGUCCUCAUCCUACGCAAUGUAACCGGUAAAGAAGCUGGAUUGUAUCAAUGCAAAGCAAGUUUACCUUCCGGAGUUUGGAAUGGAGUCGAGUCUGCAAUUGUCCGGAUUUUAUCGCUUCCAGUUAUUACACUACCUCCUACAAUACCGGUAACAAGGGGAUACCCGGUCCUGGCAAUUGACUGCAGUGUCACUGGAUUACCAAAACCAAGACUGUGGUGGAAGCGAAACGACGAACAAGUUAUACCUGGAGACAGAAUACAAAUAUACAGACCUUCACAAGGAGUACUCCGACUCAAGCUCCAAAAUGUUCAAGUCGCAGACGCAGGGGAAUGGGCAUGUCAUGCUCUUAACGCCGCAGGAUAUACGCGUCGCGCUGUAAGAAUCUUAGUCCGUCUGCCGGAACCAAACAGCAUGGCUUUUUACCGGAAACCAGUGGACCAGUAUGUCAAAAGAGGACAUACAGCUAUUUUUAACUGCGAGAUACUGGAACAUCAUUCUAUGAAUCUUAAUAUUACCUGGUUAAAGGACGGCGUUCGUGUUGAUAUCGGUGAAAAACGAAAAGUUGUAAAACGUUAUCGUCUUGUUAUUCGUCAAGUUCGAGAUGAAGAUGCAGGAGUGUAUAUGUGUAUUGUAACAGUGCGAAGAGGUGGAAGAGAACUCAAAGCAAAAGCUGAACUAAUGAUAAAAGGUCAAAUGUUGCCGUGGUCAGACUGGUCUCCGUGCAGUGUGUCGUGCAAUGAAGGAUUCAUGUUCAAAAAACGAACAUGCACAGGAAUUCCUGCAAACGAUAGAACAUGCCACGGAAAACUUGUGCAUAUCAAGAAAUGCAGCACUCAAGUUUGUCCAGGUAUAUGCUCAGCAGUAGGGGAUCCACAUUAUACUACAUUUGACGGAAGACGAUUCAAUUUUCAUGGAGAUUGUGGAUAUGUUUUAUCACAUGAUGCAAGCGGAAACGAAUUCAAAGUCCUUCUCUACAACGGAAGAUGUGGACCUCGUUUAAGCUGCCUCAACAGUGUGACCAUAAUUUUAUCUCUAACGGGAUUAGCAGCUGUUGUCGAUAUCCAACGUGAUGGAUCGGUGACUGUGAACAGUGCUCAUGUCACUCUGCCGUAUACAAUUGCUGGCGAUUCACUUACUAUUGACAAGAUUGGUUUGUACAUUGUUUUAACUGCUGGGAAUGAUUUUGAGUUAAAAUGGGCUCUACCGCAUCGCCUCUACCUCACGAUAGGUCCCAAAUACUUCGGUCGCACACAAGGAUUUUGCGGGAAUUACAAUGGGGAUCCAACGGACGAUAAUAUUUUAAGAUCCGGUCGACCUGUGAGUUCAGAUCUCGAAUUUGGACUCAAUUGGUCUCUGUCCGAAGGCACAAUUGAUUACAGCUGCUCUGUAUUUCGACAACUUUCUCGCCCGUGCGACCGUGAUAAAUACUUGAGGGAAACAGCAAUUGGAGCUUGUAGCUUUCUAUUAGACCAGUCUUCAUUUGGUCCUUGUCAUAAAAAAGUGCCACCGGGACCAUACAUAGAAUCAUGCACGUUCGACGUGUGUAGCACUUCAAUUAAAAGAACGAGUAUAUAUUUCUGUGUUGCAUUAUCAGCAUACGCAGACGAAUGCCUUAGAAAAGGAGUUAUAUUGAAUUGGAGAACGGAAGAUAUUUGCAAGGAGCAUUGUUCAUCCGGCAAAGUUUACAAAGAAUGUGGGCCGAGAUGUGUUCGAUAUUGUCCCGGCGUUAUAAACGAUUCCGGAAAAAUAUGCGCCUCUAAUGAGAGAUGUGUAAGCGGAUGCCACUGUCCCGACGAGAUGGUUUUACACGAAGGAAAAUGUAUAAACUUUGAACAAUGCCCGUGUGUUGACGCUGGUACACAAUUUGCAAACGGUACAAGUCACAACAGAAAUUGCGAGAAAUGCAUUUGCUACAAUGGACAAUGGAAAUGUUCUUUCAAUAAAGAUUUAUGUGAAUUUCCCUCCUCGCUCAUUCGUACACCAGUAUCACAGAUUGUACCAUCGGGAUACUCUGUGUCAUUUUGUUGCGAAGCUGCUGGAAUACCAACCCCAACUGUUGAGUGGUUCAGAGAUGGACGUUUAAUACCUCCUCAAACUGAGUCCGAAGAUGACCCAAAAUCUAGCGGCCCUGUCAUAUACGGACACUCAAAGGCUUAUUUGACGAUGAAAAAUAUAAGCAAAAUAGAGGAAGGGAUUUAUACUUGCAAGGCUUCUAAUUUAUUAGGAUCACAAAUGUCGGAUCCGGCUGUAUUGAGAGUAGUAGAACCAUGGACUGCGACAUGCAAUCCAAUACCCAGCAGAAGAACCCUGAAUUUGCCAGAUGGGUGCUAUGUAGCCAGAUCCCGAGAAGACACACUCAACGUUGGGCAAUGCAUUGGUCUUCCCUGCUUUUACGAUAAUCCAGAAUUAGAAGACAGCCACAGAAGAUCAUCAAGAAAAUGCGGAAGAACAAGACAAUGUUGUCGCCCCUCUGUGACGUCACCAGUAACAGUCAACUGUAGUCAUAUGUUGUAUUCCGCUUCAUUUGUCGUCACUACAGUACAGAAGUGUGCCUGCGCGACAUGUGAAGACAGGGUUACCGUUGUAGAGGGGGCAUUGAAAACUGCUAUAACGGGCGAACUACUUCGCCACGUCAAAAUAAUGCACCAACUCAGAGUAGUAGGUUACACAUCAAGUACUGGAUCGUUUCGUAUAUCAUUUGCCUCUUUGCCUGAAGAUAUUCGUUACGUAACUCUUACCUUUGAUGACGUCAUAUUUAAAAGAUUUCCUUCUACAGUCAAAAAUUUACCCGUUAUUUUUGGUGACGUCACAAUCCACACCGUCCAAGUGAAUGGAAGAUCGUACAGAAAACGGUUUGACGCUAGUUUGGGACUUAAAUAUAUGUUCAGCAGAAGUCCGUCAUCCAGUAAAAGCGAAAGACUGCGUCUCAUUAUUCCUCCGAGUUCUUUGAUAUUACAACGAGCUCAAGACCCGUUUAUCGGACAAGUAGAUGCUGUUAUCAGUAUCGUACGAAGAGAUUAUAAAAUUGACGAACGAAAACUUCAUACCGUUCCAGGAAAUUUUGUUGGAUUGAAUCUGCAAGGAUCGAAAAAGAUUAUACUACCUUCGUAUAUAUUAUCGGUUUCUUUGUACAAUCGAUUUGGACGAGCAUUGGAACUUCUACCAAAAAAGCCAGCCACCUUCCUUGUAAAUACGAUUGCUUUUGGAGAGAGAAUUGAACCCUGGAAAUUAGACGAUUUGACUGGUCUAUGGAGAGAAAGAGACACAAAAGUUGAAAUUGAACCUGCUUUCAACAAGCGAGGAGAAAAAGUCCUGCAACUUUCAGCAAAAAUUCCACGACUGGAUACUCCAUGGGCUUUGAGCGACAGUGAGCCGCCAUGUUUUGUGCGAGUACGCGUGCUCGAUAACAACAACAACACCGUUUCUGGAGUUCGUGUCAUCAUGAAGACGACGGACGAACUUCCUGAGAGUUUUCGAAACGGACGGCGGUCGCUGGAUGGAGGUAUAGCGCAAAUGCAAACUCUGGUUGAGGGUCUGACCAGAGCAACAGACACAAAUGGAAUAUGCUUGCCUGUUGGUUGCAAGAAAAUUGGUUAUAUUACGGCCUGGAAGCAGGGAAACGAUUUGUCGAUGCUUGCACCAGAUGUUCCACACAGAGAAAUGGGCCGCGUCACAAGCUCUUUGCCACAUUUAUAUGGGAUUUCAAGUGUUGUGGUACAAACCUCUGAUCAUUUUAGUCUUAAUUAUUUAGCCGAGUUUGACCAAGAACGUGAACCGCCAUCCGCAUUAUAUUUUCGUCAAGAAGAAGAUUGUAGAAACACCGCUCCUGACAAACGAACUUACGUCUUUCGCGAUAGAGACAUGUUACGAGAGAGCGAUUUUCGAGCCGCUUCUAGAGCCGGGGACAGAAUCAAAGCUGUUGCCCCUGGAGACGGACGUUUACGUCACAGUUCCUCCAAAACAAGAACUUUUUGUCAUGUUAAAGUAUCUGUGACAAUUUCUGAUCAAGCAACACUUUAUCGGGCUGUUCCUAUGGUAGUGGAGGCAGUUGCGUUUCGUCAUCAAAAUGGCUCACGAGAAAUGACUAUUUUAGGCUGGAGUAAAGCAAAUUUCAGAACUCCGACAUUCAGGAGACCGACAUAUGGAUAUGCGGGAGGCCGGAGAAGAUAUCGCGCAAGAGCAAGGAAAGCAACCGAAGAAAUUUGCGUCGAAUAUUUAUGCGGAGAAGAAGAACCAACUGAUUUUGUUUACAUUACCGUGAAGCCUGAACCUGACAAAAACACGGGGAGGCGGGAAAGUCGUCAUCGACCAAUUGCGUGCGAGUUUAUAAAGGGCGUAAACUUUUCUGAUUUAACUAGCGGAGUUAGACUGCAAGUUCGUCCAGAUAAAGACAGUACAACUCGAAUGUCUUUUCCUAAAGGAGGGUAUAUUUCGUUACCUCCUCGAAAAGCAAGUCGAAGAAAAACUACUCCAUCAAUAUCUUCCAUGCCCGAAAUAGCCUUUCCUGCAAAAUCAUUCAUAGAAUCAAAAAAUAAAUGUGAGGCUUCGCGGGGCGACCGAUUUCUAUCUGCAUGGGUAAAAUGUUCGUAGCUUCUAAAUAUCACGGUGAAAUAGAGCAAAGUCAUCGUGCGAAAGAGAGGCAUGCAAAAGAAAUGGUGACCGCAAGAUGGUGUAAAAGAGAACAAAGAUUCUAUGGCGAAAGGUUUUUACGAAGGAUCUGGUGGUCAUGGCAAGAGCAAAAACUCUGCCUGUAUUUACCCGAUGUUGCUAAAGUAACUACAACAAAACAGUGAACCAAAGAUCUGAAAUGUCGCUCGCGAACGAAAGCGUGAUUAAAAAUGUUUAUUAGCGGUACUUGCCUAACGCAACCAGUGUUAUAUUGUGCUUUUCUUAUUAUAUUUUUUAAGCUAUCGCAUUUCCAAUCGCUUUUGAUUUUCUGGGAGUGCGGGGUUUGGCUGUUUGUCGUUUUUGUAUCAAGUAAAUUUUAUUUAAAUUUCUCUCCUACUUGAGGAUCAUCGGUAGAUGUAACAAACAUCAUUCUGCAUACACAAUAUCUAUACAUAUAAGAAAUCGAGAGCCUCUCCUUCUAUGUACACUACGCUAGAAAACAGUAAAUUAUGUUAUUCAUGAAAUUACUUUGACAAAACGUUCAGCAUACAUGCCUGAAGUUGAGCCAAUAAUGCAUGCGCACAGUAAUGUGUAGAAUUUAGAUUUCAUAACUGUAAGAAAGUUUGUUUUGCAUUUUGUAAAAACAAAAGUCAGGAAGAGAGCAUUAUAUCCGAAUGUUUAACGAAUAUAUGUGUUCCAAAACUUGCAACAAUUAGGCUUUCUGCUGCAAUUACAAAACUGUAGUACAACACCAUAAGCUAUUCUUAUUUACUUUCAAACUCCCCGAAACGUCUAUCGUUCGAAAAAUAGUCCCUCAAACAACUAGUCUCCUCAUUCAACAUUCGAGCUAAACUGCUGUAACAACACGCUAUGAUUCAGCUUUUAGCUUUAAAAGUCCAAAGUUGUCUUUCCUGCCUAAUUAUACCCAACAGUCGUAAAAUUCUCUACCCAUACCACAAAUUCCAUAAAAUGAAUCAUAUCGAACUGACUUAAACAGUAUUACACUCUUUGUAAAGACAUUUACCACUGCUUUCAAACCUUUCCAUUAUUUCUUUAGUGUAUUUUUGAUCUGACAUUCCUCGAAUUACUGCAUUACUGCCCGAAUUUUUAUUAUACAUCUUUUUUACUUUAUAUCAUUGUUCUCCAGUUCACUUUCCUAUUCUUUAAAUUGUAUAACUAUUUGUUGUUAGCAUAUGUAUGUUUUACAGCUUGUUCUAUUGCAAAACAAAGUUAUUGUGGCAGUAUUUUUGUGUAUUUUGAUAGCAAAAGAUGAAGACAUAGUACUUUACCACUGAGGCAUAUGGAUUUCUAUCUAGCAAAUUGCAAAUAGAAGUUUCAAACAUAACUAGACAUCCUGGGAUAGCACAUGAACCGCAGUACUGAAUUUUGAAUACGGAACAAAACUGUCGCACAUAAGCUGAAUUUGUCUCACUGUUCAAGGCAAAAGAUUUCACUAAUAAGUACAAUGAAUGUAGGUAGUAACAUAUAUCCCAAAAUCCACUCAAAAUAUUAUGAUAACAAACUGAAACUUCCUUAGCUAUAAGGCGUAAAAGUCCCAUACCGAGGAAGUAUAUCAUCAGCAAACAAUUUAAAAAAAUCAGUUCUCCAAAGCAACAUUAAAAUAUACUUCAACUACACCAACAACAAAUGUUAUGUUUUCUUUCUUUCCAAGAAAAUUUGAACUGCAGCAUACAAAAACUUACUUCUUUUCUGUGUAUAUAUUUCAAUAGCUUUGGAUGGAAAAU